GACAGGGUCUCACUCCAUCUCCCAGAUUAGAGUGCAGGGAUGCAAUCAUAGCUUCCUAUAGCCUCAAACUCCUGGGCUCAAGCAAUUCCCCUGCCUCAGCCUCUCAGGUAGCUGGGACUACAGGUGUACACCACCAUGCCUGGCUAAUUAAAUUUUUUUUUUCUAAGGUUGGGAUCUUGCUUUGUUGCCCAUGCUGGUCUUGAAUUCUUGGCCUCAAGCAAUCCUCCUGCCUCAGAGUCCCAAAGCACUGCGAUUACAGAUGUGAGCCUCUGUGCCCAGCCUGGAAAUAUAUUUUAACUGGUGUUCACUGAAGAUGGCCUUUAGCUAUCACUUUUUUAAAAGGCUUUACUUUUAAAAUAAUGUAUCUUUUAAUAAAUCAAAUAUCUUCUUAUGUAUCAAUAGCCCAAUCCGGUAAUACUUAUUUUAUUAUUGGUUAGUUCCCAUGGGAACAGGGAAUUUGUUAGUUCACUGGACAUCUCAAGGUUCCAGGAUACAGAGUGUGUCCAAUAAUGUUUGUUGAAUAAAGAAUGACCUAGAUGGCUGAAGUGUUUCUGGUGUGCUAGAAGGGGUCAGUAAAUUUUGGAAACUUUGCUAAACCCUUUCGGGAAAAUGUGUAAGAAAUUAUCUUACCUUUUCUUUUGUUAGCUAUGAGCCCUUGCCGUGUGUUUCUGAGCCUUAAUAUCUUUACCUAUAAAAUGGGGCUAAUGGCAUGUCCUUCUUGGGAUAACUGUGAGGAUUAUAGAAGAUAAUAUGUAAAAUGACUGGCAUAUGUACAUUCUCAAUACAAAGUUAGUAGGGGUGAUGAUUGUUACUGCUAUUGGUGCUAAAGAUACAGACUGCUAAAAAUACAGUCAAUUCUCAUUAUUUUUGUUUUAUAAAGCUGCUACAAAUACCGAAUUAGCAAAUACUGAAUGAUUACUACUAGGGAAAUACAGGAUAAGUUCCUUAGAGCCUCUGGUCGCAACAUUUAAUCAAUCUAUCAAUACAUAACUUUGUUUUAUGUGUGUUUCUGUGUAAAGACACAUUAUUUAAUAUAUAUUAUUGAUUCAUUAACAUCGAACUUGUGGCCAGCAGCACUAUAACCUGACUGACUUAGGAACACUAGACAGCACUUUCGCACUAAACUUUGGUGCCAUACUGAAUAGAGGAGUCACCAACAAAAACACACAAAAGUGCAAAAAAUGUGGCACUACAUAGACUGUGAAAAGGACACUUUUUUGCAAUAUGAUGUGAGAGCUGAAAUGAGAAGGCAGACCAUUACCUUAUUUAACCUCAAUUGGUAACGUGCAUGUUGGGGGACUCAAAUUUCUUGCUGUUCUGUGCACGUGAUUGACUGUAAAAACUCUGAGAAUAUUGAUUUUGGGUUUACAAAUCAGUUUUAGUGAGUAGGUGAAUUUGAAAGUGGAGAAUCCAUGAAUAAUGAGGGUUGACUAUAUUAAAAACUGUUUUCUUGCAUCUGUAUUUCUCUAGCAGUUCUUCCUCUGGACUAAAAAGCUUACCCACUGGGGAAAACAUUUUAAAACACUGUCUGCUCAGAUGUUGUGGAUUACAGAGGGAGCGACGUUAAUAAAGCUUUUCCAGGUACCUGAUCUCUCUUUUUUUUUUUUUUGAGACAAAGUCUCGCUCUGUUGUCCAGGCUGGAGUGCAGUGGCACGAUCUCGGCUCACUGCAAGCUCCACCUCCUGGGUUUGUGCCAUUCUCCUGCCUCAGCCUCCCAAGUAGCUGGGACUACAGGCACCCGCCACCACACCUGGCUAAUUUUUUUGUGUUUUUAGUAGAGACGGGGUUUCACUGUGUUAGCCAGGGUGGUCUCGAUCUCCUGACCUCGUGAUCCACCCGCCUUGGCAUCACAAAGUGCUGGGAUUACAGGCGUGAGCCACUGCGCCCAGCCCUGAUCUCUCAUUUUUAUCAGUUUGUUUGCCAAUAAAAAUGACCCAUCACUUCCAGAUCUUUAAAGUUGACUGAGGCUUCACUGUUCAGAUAUGGUAGAAUUUUGAUAGAUUUUUAAUCAUUCUUUAAUAAGGUGGAGUGUGAGGUUGGGGACCCAGGAAAAGACCACAGAGAGAUUAUGGACCAUUGCUGAAAAAUCCAGCAAAAAGCAGUAGGAUUGACAGAGGGCAGGUGAGCCCCCAGAUUGGGGCCUAGCCUGGGAGGGUUCUUGGCAUUGCUCAGGAAAGAGUUCAAGAACGAGCUGGUGGUGGAAGAAUGCAGGUCUAGUGAAGCAACAGUGUACAACAGAGUACCUGCUCCUUGCAGAGCAGGGCUAACCCAUAGACAUGCACCCAGAGUAGCAGUGUAUGGACUGUAGACUGGCAGUAUUUAUACCCACUUGGAAUUACAUGCAAAUCAAGGUACAGGUUACUCAGAAAUCUCUAGAAAAAGGGUGGUAACUUUUGGGAGUUGCCAUGGCAUUUGUAAAGUGUCAUGACACUGCUGGGAGUGUCUUAAACUGAUGAGCAGUGAGGGCACCUAGAGGUUGCCUUUGGUGCCAUUUGCUAGUUCUGGUGGGUUUCUUCAUUUCUUCCUGUGGAGACCAGGAAAUAAGCGCUGGUAGUCUCUACUUCAGGAUGGCUUAGAAAUUCUGGUGUAGGCAGUUUUUGAGGUAACCAGGCUCAGCUUACUCAGGGCCUAGAGGAUAAAGGUGAUGAUUUUGACUUUUGCAAGCAUUGGAAAUUAGCAUAUUAUAGUUAUCAGAAUGGCCAUUAUUGUAAACAUUAACUGAGUACUUGUUGGGAUUGCUUGGAAUUCUUUUAGAAAGAAGGAGAAAAAGAAUUGGUUUCAGUAGGUUCUGUACUUUCAAGUUACAUAGCAGAUAGAUCACACAAUUUAGUGACAACAGAGCACAAAGAACAAUAAUAAUAACAGUAGCAUCUAGCAUUUUUAAAGCCCUCUUUACAGAUAUGCCUUGUGUUAGUGCUUUAGCCUAUCUUUUAUAUAUUUCUAUAGUAUUCUUACAUAUUAUACUGGAGUUAAGGAAGGUACCUAUGUAAUUAAAAAAAAUUCUUUCUGUGUUAGAAAAGUGAAGAAACAGAAACAUCAGGAAUUAAUAAUUUACAUCUAGGUGAAUUAUAAACAUAGUAAGGCACUUACUAUCUACCAGGUACAGUAUUUAAGUGUUUUAUAUAAUAUAAUUCUAAUACGAGGUAGAUAGGAUCCCAUUUUAUAAAUGAAGAAACUUGUGCUUGUCUGUUUUCUGUCACUUGUCUAUCUUAAGUUACUCAAAUAAGGUAGAACCGUGAUUCAAACUGAGGACUGUCUGACUUCAAAGCUCACUCUCUUAUUCACCAUGUUGCAGUGGUUUCCAUGUAUUUUGGUGUUCGGAGGUUUGGAGGGAGAGGCAGGAGUGAUCAGGAGUGACAACUUAUGUUGAUUUUUGAAUGGAAAGGAGACUAGGUUUCUUAUGAAGUAAAGGCAGAAGACUCAGGGUGUGGUUGAACAUUCGAAUCCAAAACAAAUAGUUAUAUCUAUUAAAGGUGCUCACAGCAUGCCUGUCUGCAUAGUCCUUUGUUUCUAAAGCUGCUUCUGAAGAAGGAAAGGAGGUAGGCUGUGAAGCCUCCAAGAAAGGUAGGAAAAGAUGGGAUGGUGGAUACUUAAUCAUUCACAAGGGUGUGGUAUAUAAGUAAGUGGUAGAUUUUCCUCAUUUCUUAUUAAUGAUCUUCAAAUGUUGCUACUUGAUGACAUCAAGUUGUCUUCUCUACAUACCCAUCCUUGUGUUCUACUACUGAACAUGAACAUGUAGCUCAUAACAUCUGGAUGUUUUUCACUCAUCUCUUUUUCCCUCUUUUUUCUACUAACCUGACUUGUUGAUUGCUAUUUUUGUGUGUCUUCAUAAAUUUAUAGCCAGUCUGUUCCAUUCUGGACUGUUUAUCUUUGGCAUGCCAGAGGUCUUGAAACAUCAUAAUGUUGUGUAAUGAGCAUAACUUCUGCCUUGACUUGUGGGUGUUAAGAGCAUUAGUCAGUGCAAAGUAUUGAGUUAAAUAUUUUCAAUAAAAGGAUAUAAUGAUCUAGCAGCGAAGAAGUUAUAAAAAAUCCUAGUUAAUGGCUUUAAUGGUGAGCCAUAUAUUUAGUGGGUUCUAUCAGUGAUGAGUUAGAGAUUCACAGAAUGAAUGUAAAAGCGUUCUUACUUUUAAUUAAUGAGAGAGGAGAAAGAAAAACAAUAAUAAGAAAAAAAGGACUUGAUUCUCAUCCAUACCAAGAAAAGUGUAAACAUCCAAGUUCCCAGUGAUUCUAACCCUGAUUCAUUACCUUGCAUGUGUCUUUAAUUACCACAAGAAAUGUUUAAGAUUUCCAUUGAGAUAUUAUCGACAGGGACUCCUGGGCUGCAUCAUAAGCCUGAUUGAAAGCCUUUAGCCUUGUAAUGAUCUCUUCUUGGAGGACAAUCAGGGAAUUCUUUGCACCUUUAUCAGAGAGUCAGGGCUUUCCUGAGCAAACAAACUAGGUCUUUACCUAUGGAGCUGAUUUUAUGAAGAGUUUUGGUCAGCAUUAGUCAUUGUGAAACCAUGGGCCUCCUGCCCUGGUUUAUCUCGACAGUCAUCUCCCUACAGCAGAAGAUUGAAUCCUCAUCUCUCCAUGAGUCUGAGCAUCUAAAGAUGUUAGAGCAGUUCCGCGGAGCAUCCUGGGGCCUCCAAGCCUCCGAUAAGCUCCUCCAGUAUGACAUCACGCAUCUUGCUACGCCAGCAACUCAUGCGUGAGCAGAUGCAGGAGCAGGAGCGCAGGGAGCAGCAGCAGAAGCUGCAGGCGGCCCAGUUCAUGCAACAGAGAGUGCCCGUGAGUCAGACACCAGCCAUAAACGUCAGUGUGCCCACCACCCUUCCCUCUGCCACGCAGGUGCCGAUGGAAGUCCUUAAGGUGCAGACCCACCUCGAAAACCCCACCAAGUACCACAUACAGCAAGCCCAACGGCAGCAGGUAAAGCAGUACCUUUCUACCACUUUAGCAAAUAAACAUGCCAACCAAGUCCUGAGCUUGCCAUGUCCAAACCAGCCUGGCGAUCAUGUCAUGCCACCGGUGCCGGGGAGCAGCGCACCCAACAGCCCCAUGGCUAUGCUUACGCUUAACUCCAACUGUGAAAAAGAGGGAUUUUAUAAGUUUGAAGAGCAAAACAGGGCGGAGAGCGAGUGCCCAGGCAUGAAUACACAUUCACGAGCGUCCUGUAUGCAGAUGGAUGAUGUAAUCGAUGACAUCAUUAGCCUAGAAUCAAGUUAUAAUGAGGAAAUCUUGGGCUUGAUGGAUCCUGCUUUGCAAAUGGCAAAUACGUUGCCUGUCUCGGGAAACUUGAUUGAUCUUUAUGGAAACCAAGGUCUGCCCCCACCAGGCCUCACCAUCAGCAACUCCUGUCCAGCCAACCUUCCCAAUAUAAAAAGGGAGCUCACAGCGUGUAUUUUUCCCACAGAGUCUGAAGCAAGAGCACUGGCCAAAGAGAGGCAGAAAAAGGACAAUCACAACCUGAUUGAACGAAGAAGAAGAUUUAACAUAAAUGACCGCAUUAAAGAACUAGGUACUUUGAUUCCCAAGUCAAAUGAUCCAGACAUGCGCUGGAACAAGGGAACCAUCUUAAAAGCAUCCGUGGACUAUAUCCGAAAGUUGCAACGAGAACAGCAACGCGCAAAAGAACUUGAAAACCGACAGAAGAAACUGGAGCACGCCAACCGGCAUUUGUUGCUCAGAAUACAGGAACUUGAAAUGCAGGCUCGAGCUCAUGGACUUUCCCUUAUUCCAUCCACGGGUCUCUGCUCUCCAGAUUUGGUGAAUCGGAUCAUCAAGCAAGAACCCGUUCUUGAGAACUGCAGCCAAGACCUCCUUCAGCAUCAUGCAGACCUAACUUGCACAACAACUCUCGAUCUCACGGAUGGCACCAUCACCUUCAACAACAACCUCGGAACUGGGACUGAGGCCAACCAAGCCUAUAGUGUCCCCACAAAAAUGGGAUCCAAACUGGAAGACAUCCUGAUGGACGACACCCUUUCUCCCGUCGGUGUCACUGAUCCACUCCUUUCCUCAGUGUCCCCCGGAGCUUCCAAAACAAGUAGCCGGAGGAGCAGUAUGAGCAUGGAAGAGACGGAGCACGCUUGUUAGCGAAUCCUCCCUGCACUGCAUUCGCACAAACUGCUUCCUUUCUUGAUUCGUAGAUUUAAUAACUUACCUGAAGGGGUUUUCUUGAUAAUUUUCCUUUAAUAUGAAAUUUUUUUUCAUGCUUUAUCAAUAGCCCAGGAUAUAUUUUAUUUUUAGAAUUUUGUGAAACAGACUUGUAUAUUCUAUUUUACAACUACAAAUGCCUCCAAAGUAUUGUACAAAUAAGUGUGCAGUAUCUGUGAACUGAAUUCACCACAGACUUUAGCUUUCUGAGCAAGAGGAUUUUGCGUCAGAGAAAUGUCUGUCCAUUUUUAUUCAGGGGAAACUUGAUUUGAGAUUUUUAUGCCUGUGACUUCCUUGGAAAUCAAAUGUAAAGUUUAAUUGAAAGAAUGUAAAGCAACCAAAAAGAAAAAAAAAAAAGAAAGAGGAAAAGAAAUCCAUACUAACCCUUUUCCAUUUUAUAAAUGUAUUGAUUCAUUGGUACUGCCUUAAAGAUACAGUACCCCUCUAGCUUUGUUUAGUCUUUAUACUGCAAACUAUUUAAAGAAAUACGUAUUCUGUAAAAGAAAAAAAAAAUGCAGCCUUUUCAUGAGGAUCGUCUGGUUAGAAAACAUAACUGAUACCAACCGAAACUGAAGGGAGUUAGACCAAGGCUCUGAAAUAUAAAGUCUAAUCUUGCUCUCUUUUAUUCUGUGCUGUUACAGUUUUCUUCAUCAAUGAGUGUGAUUCAGUUUUUCAUAAGAUAUUUUAUUUUGAAAUGGAAAUUAAUGUCCUCUCAAAGUAAAAUAUUGAGGAGCACUGAAAGUAUGUUUUACUUUUUUUUAAUUUUAUUUUUGCUUUUGAUAAGAAAACCGAACUGGGCAUAUUUCUAAUUGGCUUUACUAUUUUUAUUUUUAAAUUAUGUUUUACUGUUCAUUUGAUUUGUACAGAUUCUUUAUUAUCAUUGUUCUUUUCAAUAUGUUUGUAUUAAUUUGUAAGAAUAUGCAUCUUAAAAUGGCAAGUUUUCCAUAUUUUUACAACUCACUGGUGGUUUUCCGCAUUCUUUGUACACCCAUGAAAGAAAACUUUUAUGCAAGGUCUUGUGUUUAAAAGACAGCUUUGCGAAUAUUUUGUAAAUUACAGUCUCACUCAGAACUGUUUUUGGACACAUUUAAGGUGUAGUAUUAAUAGGUUAAAACCAGGCUUUCUAGAAAGAAUAAACUUACAUAUUUAUUUUUAGGACAUGAAAAUAGCAAUAUUCUUGGAGAUUGAUAACCAUAGCAUUAAUACGCCCAUUAUGGUCAUUUAAAUUGGGGUUUAUUUCAGCAAACUUGUUGAAUUUAUUUUUAAGAAAGAAAUACUGUAUUGGGAAGUUACUGUUACUUGAUAACAAUGUUUUAACAAGAAGCAAUGUUGUAAAGUUAGUUUCAGUGCAUUAUCUACUUGUGUAGUCCUAUGCAAUAACAGUAGUGUUACAUGUAUCAAGCCUAGAUGUUUUAUACAGAUGCCAUAUAGUGUUAUGAGCCAGGCUGUUGAAUGGAAUUUCUCAGUAGCAGCCUACAACUGAAUAGCAAGUGGCAUAAAGCAUAUCCAUUCAGAAUGAAGUGCCUUAAAUAUAGCAGUAGUCUUUUUUGGACUAGCACUGACUGAACUGUAAUGUAGGGGAAAGUUUCAUGAUGGUAUCUAUAGUCAAGACGAACAUGUAGCAUGGUGCCUAUGUAGACAAUAUAAGAGCUUCCAAUUUUCCUUCAGAUAUUUUUAAUAUUAAAUAUAUUUUAGUGACAGAGUGCCAACUUCUUUCAUCAGGAAACCUUAUUCAGGAGGGUUUUUAAAAAGUGUUUAAAUGUCAAAUGUGAAUUGGUGAUGGGUGAUGGAGGGUUCAGAGAGGAGUGAUCGUCAGAUGUGUGAAUGGACGGUUUAGGUGAAAAUAAUCAACUGCGUAGUUCCCAUGCACGCUGGGCAAUGAGAAUCCUUGGAAACAUUGGUGAUGCUAUCAGUUUUAUAGCUUUAUUACUUAAGGGGGUAGGGAAAAUUAGUUCCCAUUCUUUCAACCCCCUUAACUGUAUAGCUCUUUUCCUAGAAUAGUGAUGCAAAUCUGCAUGAACAGCUAAUUGUACCAUAGUGUUCAUUGAUACAAUCAUAGCAUUGUCUAUUUUUCUCUUCAUAUUUAUAUGGGGGGGAGGGCGCUGGAUGCAAAAGUUGAAGAUCGUGAUGCUAUGAUGUUAGUUUUCCUUAGCUGAUUUUGAGGGUUUUUAAAAAUAAAGCAAGGUUGACUAACCUACGGCCACGGGAACAGGACCAUGGUUAAGCAACCAUAUAGAAAGCUUUGUUGAAAGAAAGUAUGGCAUCUUGUACCACUGCCCUGACUGUCACAACUCCUAACCUUGCCAUUGCCUGCCUCCCCCUCCCCUUCUCCUUAAGAGACAAUUUCUGCAGGUGGCAGGUGAGCAAGCCCAGGAGAAUGCUGCAAUCUUGGGGGUGGUUUUAUUUAUUUCUUUUUUGCCAAAUAGAGUGUGGAUUCAUUUUAGGGGCUAGUUAAGCCAAGAGGCAGUGGUUUGGGCUUGUUGUUUGUAACAAGAAAAUGAUCCACACCACUCCCCCGAUUCCCGGGUGCAGAAUUGUGACUCGGGGUUGGGCCUUUAUAUGGAGUGACCAAAAUGCCAAGAUUGUCCAUCUGCCUCUGAGUAGGGCAAUGGAAAUACCAAACCUUCUGACUUUGCCAAAAAGCAUACAAGCAACCUGGUCAUACAUAGGAUGACAAAAUUAUUUCUGGUUGUUUUUAAACAAUAAAGCAAUAAGAACAAAUACAAUACAUAGGAAGUUAAAAAGCACAAAGGAAUGAACUUAUUAAUAUUUUUGAAAAAUGCACUGGGAAAAAGUUGAUGUCAAUAACAGUAUAAAACAGCCCUAUUUCUUGAUAAAAAAUGACAAAUGACUGUCUCUUGCGGAUGCUUGGUACUGUAAUGUUAAUAAUAGUCACCUGCUGUUGGAUGCAGCAAUAAUUUCUGUAUCGUCCAUAGCACUGUAUAUUAUGGAUCGAUAUUAAUGUAUCCAAUGAAAUAAUCAACUUGUUCUUGAUAGCCUCAUUAAAGCAUUUGGUUUUUCACAUA